AUGACAUGCAACAAGAGGCAGAGCUGGAGCAGGCAGGCAGGUAUGGCAGGCAUGGCAGAUAUUCAAUACGAAGUUCAAGACGCCUACGAUAGCACAGAAGCAUUGCGAACUCGAAGACGUUUAAGGGCAAGCUGUACGAAAGCUGGUCCGGACCCAGGGGCAAUUACAGAAUACAGACGCAAAGAGCAUUCAAUCGCACGCGGAACAAGAAUAAUAGAAAUCAUGGCAGACAUUGGACCGGCCGGACAGGAUAGCACUGGGGGAAAGCAGGCCGCGGUGCUGAUCGACUGUGCAGGCAACAAGCUGGCGGCGGAUGAAAAGUGCUCCAUCAUCAUAGCAGAAGCAAGAGGAGAUCAAGAAAAUCGUUCCUGCGUCGUGCUGCUUGCGAAUGUGGACAUCGCAGCAACAAGCAACCCAUCGACAGCCUGGUACCCCCCACGCCUUCGGAACGAUCAUCUACAGCUGCUUGAAGGUGACUUGUACCUCCCCAUCACCGAGAAAGCGUCUGACACUUCUCUGGCACGCCACAGAGACGGCACGGCUGGGUACAUUGGCAAGAUGAUGGGGUGCUGCGAGGACCAGCAUGGGCAUGGGCAUAUAGGCAUAUGGACUGGUCAUGGCGUGGCUGGCUUCAGGACAUAG